AUGAUACGAAAUAUCACAAGGUGGCUCCUAAAGGAGAAUUACUUGAAAAAGUUGCAAUCAAAGGAAGCUUUGAUUGAACUCCAGCAUAUCAGUGAAGAGUUUUUCAGACAGGAGCUUAGUGAUCUUGAAAGCUACAUCGAACAUGCAAAUCGUAGAACGGUCAGUUAUGUUGAUAUCAAGCUUCUGUUGCAUCGUGCGCGACUUGAUCCGUCUUAUGAUUUAUUUACGUUCACGGACAGGGCCACCUCCAUCGAAAAUGACAUCUUGAACUUGAGUUCGCAAGUUUUUGAUCUUGAAAUUACGUCGGAAAUUGAGAAGCUCCUCUACAGAGACAAAAUUCAACGUUCAAAGAGAAUAAAAAGACAGCUUUUUAAGGAAGAAGAAACUAGGAGGCGAUUAGAGCAUGACAUUCAGCAUGAAAGUGUAGGCUCGUCCGAUUCAAUUAGCGAUCUGGGAGAACAAGAACAUAUGGAAAAAAUUGAGAGGCCCACAUUGAGAAGCCCCUCUCUCAAUAAGGGAAAGUCUGCCACUAGCAACACUUUGCAAGAUGAAUCUGAAAUUGACAUUGCAAAUGAAAGUCAAUUUGAUUCACACUUGUACUUGCGAAUAGAAGAUAAUGGAACCUCCAGUGAUAGCUCGCUGAUCAUCCCACUAGAAGAAGAGGAUAGUGAAGAGGAAGAAUGA